ACUGGCAGUUCGUUUGUGGUCGGCUGUUUGUGGGAUGUGUUGACUGUUGUUGCUAUAAAAUAAGUAAAUAGAAUAGAAACGAGAUAAGUUAGUUUCUUUGUAAAAAUGUAUAGUGUUUAAAUAUCAACCACAAUCUUAACAUGUCGAAAGUAACGAUUAGUGGCAAAAUGUUUGUGUGUUUUAGUGUUUGUGUGCGAUGCUUUCUUGUGUGUUUAAUUUUAUUAGCUUUGACAAAGGACUGCGUCGAGUCUCAGGAACUAAGAAGCCCAGCAGCAGAAUUCACCAGGCACACAAUAGUGCGACCGAUCCUGCAUCAUGCAAGAACGAAGCGGGAGAUCACGACCACUAGACAUACGGACGGCAUCCACCACCCAGCGGUGACGUUGACCAUCAACAUUGACAAUGAGGACUACGUGCUCGACCUUCGGCUGAACGAGGGGCUGGUGGCGGGGGACCACGUGGUCAGGUACCAGAGGAAUGGGGAGAUGGUCUCGGAGAAACCGAGUUUAGAGGAUUUGGACAUAUGCCAGUAUUCUGGCACCGUGCGGGGUCGCGAGGGGUCGUGGGCCGCGGUGUCGACGUGCCACGGGGUCAGCGGGGUUAUAUACGAUGGCAGGACCAUGAAGUAUAUACAGCCGGCUGAAGACAACAAAAUAGACGCAGACCACUACGUCUACGACCAUACAGACAUGGGCACCAACUUCAAGUGUGGUUACGCGGGAGGAGUGACGAAUAACAGAAGCUAUGACCCGGAGUUAAUGGAUAAAUAUGAAAAGGAGAAGAGUUUAAAGCUUAGCAGGACUUCCAGGUACAAACGUGACGCCGAAGAGAUACAAGUACGGGGGCCGUUCAACGCCAACAAACUAUCCAGAUACGUGGAGUUGGUGCUUGUUGCUGAUCAUCGAGAGUUUAGAGCGAAUGGUGAAAGUAUUAGCCUUAUACAUCAUAGGCUGAAGGAUGUCGCUAAUAUUAUUAAUUCUGUAUACGCCCCACUAAAUAUAUUCAUAGCACUCGUCGGUAUAGUCGUUUGGAGCGAGCGAGACGAAAUAACGCUAGAGGAGGACGGCGAUAAGACUCUCACAUCCUUCCUGCAUUAUAGACGCGAGAGAUUGGUCAGGGAUAUACCUAACGACAAUGCGCAUUUGUUGACGCGGCAAAAAUUCAAAGAUGGCGUCGUCGGCAAAGCGCUCAAAGGACCAAUUUGCACGUUCAAUUUCUCCGGGGGCGUGGCCACUAACCACUCUGACGUCAUAGGUCUAGUGGCCAUAACAAUAGCGCACGAAAUGGGCCACAAUUUCGGUAUGGAGCACGACACAGACGUGGAUUGCGAAUGUCCAGAAGAAAAGUGUAUUAUGAGCCCUUCUAGUACGUCCGUUACGCCUUCCCAUUGGUCGUCUUGUAGUUUGCGAUCGCUAGCGUUGUCCUUUGAAAGGGGAAUGGAUUAUUGUUUGCGCAAUAAACCGAAACGCCUGUUUGAAUCGCCGACCUGCGGGAACGGUUUCGUAGAGCCAGGGGAACAGUGCGACUGCGGAUUGAACCCCGCACCCUCUUGUACCGCGUGCUGUGAUGUAGCGACUUGCUCGUUAUGGCAGAACGCGACUUGCGCGGUCGGCGAGUGCUGCGAUACACUGACAUGUCGGCCAAAGUCAGCGGGCACGGUGUGUCGGUCAGCGGACAAAGAGUGCGAUUUGCCCGAAUAUUGUACGGGACACUCGGAGUUCUGUCCCAGUGACGUGUUCAAAAUGGACGGCACCCCGUGCUCUAAUAAUCAGGCGUAUUGUGUGCGUGGAGGGUGUCGUACCCACAAGGACCAGUGCCUAUUGCUGUGGGGCUCCACUGCGGACAGCUCGGAUACAAGAUGCUACACUUCCAUGAAUGUUAAGGGGGAUAAGAACGGCAACUGCGGCUACGCCCGCUCGGACUCGUCAGUGUACUACAAGUGCCAGCCGGCACACGCGCUGUGCGGCCUGCUGCAGUGCCGACAUCUCAACGAGCGGCUCGAGUUCGGCAUGGAGUCUGUUGCUUGGCUUUCCGCCACGUUUAUUAAUAAUAAUGGUACAAUAAUACCAUGUAGAACGGCGAUGGUAGAUCUGGGCCUGAGCGACGUGGACCCCGGCAUGGUGCCCGAUGGCGCUAAAUGUGGAAAUAAUAUGAUGUGUUUAAACACAAAAUGCGUGCCGGUACAAUCGGUGAUAGAUAGGGUUGCUCAAAAGGAGACCGCCGUCUGCCCGUCCAACUGUUCGGGACAUGGUGUUUGUAAUUCUGAAGGCCACUGUCACUGCGAGUCGGGAUUCGCCCCUCCACUAUGUGCGUUGCCCGGGGCUGGAGGCUCCGUUGAUUCAGGACCCGCCACUGAUUCUACACUGCAAAGAAACUUCAUGGUGGCGAUGUAUGUCAUAUUCCUCGGAAUAUUACCGACGAUUCUGCUCAUACUGUUCCUCAUGUACUACACAAGGCACAAUGUUCUACUGUGGUGGAAAAAACCGAAGAAAACGAUUCCAUCUCCCAAGAAAUCAAGUUUGCAGCGACGUAUUUCGAGAAGCGCAAGUAAAUUCGCAUCUAACUUUCAAAACAACGCGCCAAAUAACACUCAAGCUGUUAGCGUUCACACACUAUCUAACCCUGACGAUAUGAGCUCAAGUCUCUUGCGCAGUGACAGCGAACACAGCCCAUCCGGCAAUAUAAACCCCUCCGUUAACUUCUUCGGAAACUUCAAAGGAUUUUCCCUCACGCCAAUGGACAAAAAUGCCCCCCAAACAGAUGAACCACCAAAAGAAACCAAAAAAGACACGAAAAGCGCGAAAAUAACACCAGUACAUAGAAGUGGGAGUAAUAGUCAAAAUGUGGGGCAAUUGAAACCAGUGUUACGUUCUGCGCCACCACUCCCAGUAGUGCCAAAUACAGCUAAAACCAGCCCCAAAACGUCUCCAUCUAUAAAACGCACGAAUAGUUCAGUACAGAAUCGUAUCAAAGCUCUAAUGAACGCAGAGAAGACGGAAGAAGUGCCCGUCACUGCUAAUCCUGCGCCCAGACCAGUUAUUUCUAGCCCCAUUCUAGAAGCUUCGACGUGUACAGCGAAAGAACUAAUAUCGCCGCUACAAGGCUCAAAAACAUUGGGCCCGGUACGCGCGGCUCCAACCGCACCGACCAUCACACCAGAUUUACCGAAACGACCUCUAAGUAUGUACUCCGCCGGCAAUGUCCCACAAAAACCACUCCCAGAGGAACCAAAGAAAGUCAAGGAAGGAAUAUCCUUGAACAGAAUCGCGUCAUUCCUCAAACACGACAAACCGAAGGAAAAAGAACGAAACCCCGUUGAACGAAGUCACUCUUUGCCGAAGAAUCAGAAUCACCAAAUCAAAGUGCCGAAAGCGGCUGAUAAAGUUGCAUUGCGAAACUUGCAGAUAUCGAAUCCCAUACUGCAGAAGGCCAUCGAUAUACCGAUCAGCUCUGUGCCCGUAGUGUCGGAUUCUGAAGACAACGACGAUUCGAAAGCGUUCGUGAAUAGAGCUCAAAGUAUGCGCGUGCCCAAUGUGCAAAAGCCCUUACAAACGUUCGGUUCGAUGAGACAAGCGCCCGGUGUGUCGCGGCCCUUAUCCGGUGUUGGCCGACCGACCGCUCCUCCACCACCACUACCGAGCCAACCGGCCACUACUGAAAAAGAAACUUCAAUAUAUCAGAGUCCAAAACAGACAGACAUCAAGACGACAGAUUACGUAGAUUGCAUAGAAGAAAAGCCCGCGCCGUUAGCUCACAUAGACGAAGAGUCCGGUGACAAUAUUUACGCGAUCAUCGAGGAAAGUCCCGAGAAACAUGCUAAAGCGUUCCCGGGCGUGUCUCUGCCGAUCAAAACGGCUCCCCAACCGCCUCCUGAAGGCUACAACACUCCCAAACCCAUCACUUCCAAUUCAGGAAGUACAGAAAGCAUGGGUCUGCUCGGAGAGAUUGUUAAUGAGAUACAGAACCGCAACUUUGACUCGAUCUAUUCGACGUCGACGCUCGCGAGGAAAAGGGAGAAAGAGCGGAAAAAGGUUGAGCAAAACAGAGAUAGCACGUACAUGAAUACAGACUACAAGAGUCCAGAGAGCGUUUACAGCAACUCUGGAGCAAAAUCUUCCGCGUCGACCACUAGCAGUGGAUAUUUGCACCCCUCAGCUGUUAACAUACCCACUCGUAUGCAAACAGAUGAAAAAGAAAUAGAGAAACCACCAUCGCCUUCUCUUAAAGCAAACUCGAAAAUACCCACGUUUUCGAGACAAGUUACCCCGCCCGGUUUAAGAACUACGAGCACGUUCAAAAAUGUGCCGCCAUCUCCUAAAACGGCCGCAAAAAAUAUCAACGUAAAAUCGAUAUCUAACAGUCCCGACCUCGUGUCGAGUUGUGCUGUAGCCGAGACAAAAAAUAUCAAAGCGCCAGACGUUAUUAAUAAUAAUAAACCAGCCGAUCCACCGAAAGUCGCGAACAAACCUAAUAUAAGCAAACAGAUUGACAAUCGACCUCCGUUAAAACCGACCAUUGAUAAAAAGCCGGCCACAAAUAAACAGACUGUACUAAAACCAGUCAAUACUACAACUAAUGUGAAUAAAACAGACAAACCGAUAAAUCGCGUUAAUUCCAAAAACGAUUCUAGUGUGAAAGCGAUUGCAGAUAGUUUAAAUAAAAAUAAACCUAAAGUGGUUCCCAAACCAACCACAUUAGUACAACGGACCGACUCAAACGUAAAGACGAAUACAACGAAACUAACCUCUAAACCCUCCAAUGUCGCCAGUUUACAACAGAAAUUUGAAAAUAGGAAAUCAUUAGGUAAGGAAAUAACCACGGGGAAGAAAUAGCAUUAUUUACUAUGUGUAGUAAACUAGAAUAUUUUAAAUUAAAACGACAAACGAUCUGAUUUAUGUACUCGUCAAAAUUUAAUUAGAAACUAAGAGCUAGCGCGCAAGAGCAACUUUUGUCUCCGCAACUAUUUUGCCUCUCCCAUCAACUCUAUGGGGAGUUGCGUCG